UGGAGCCCCGCCUCCCUCUUCUCCAUCUACGUUGCAUCGGGAUUCCCACUUACAAUCUAUGUUACUGAGCUUAAACAAUGUUACAGAGGCUAUAGCUUGUCCGUAUAGUUCCAGCAGUAUUAGGCAACUGCUGACGAGAGAGAGGGAGAGAGAGGGUGAAGAUAGCCGCCUCGUACGUCCGUGGGCAUUUUUUUGUCAGUGUGAUAGUGGCGAUGAGGGUGGAUGUAUUGUCCCUCCCAUCUUUCUUUUAAUCGAACGUGUAUCACGCAAGAAAACAUUUAAGGGUGCCAAGGACUUUGAUUUUACGAGGAAAAAUUUUGUGGCGGCAGUGCACCUAGCUUAUCAAAACUAUUUUUUGGUGAUCGUUAAAAACCCUAUAAUAGCCCUACCCAGUAACUCUGAAUAGAGAGAUGAUGUGAUAAUAUAUAGCAUUUCGACACCAGCAUGUGUGUGAGCUGCCACUAAUUAAGGAUUGAAAUUAUUCAAAGUACACAUGCACUCACAUCGGCACAAGAUCGAAUGAACUGACAGAAGGAAAAAAGUGUUUGGCGGUUGACAGUAUAUAACAACUUGAUAAUCGUUUAAAAAAGAAGAACUACAAGAGGAAGAGAAAGAACAUGAAUGAUACAAGCACAUAAAUAAAAAACUAAGACAUGUGAAGAUGAUGUGAGGCAAUUAAUUAAACAUCUGUGCAUGAACUGCCACUAGGGAAAUUAUAAGUGGAGAUCUCCAGAUGAUGUGAUAUAACACGCGAUGUAAUUAUAAAAUGCGAGCUAAGUGACAUUGAGGAAACUUGUUGCAGCACACACUAGCUCACAUCGGCACAAGAAGAACAAACUAAAUUAUCAUGAUGGUUGUAAUAAAACUUUUAGUAGUGGUGAUGGUGUGCGCGUCUUCAGUGAAACCCCGCAUUGCAACAGGCUGGUGCUGCCCAGAGAGAGAGGAUGGAGGUGGGGGGUGUCCUGCCGGGGCUGCCACAGGACAUUUCCAACCCCCUAUCUUUGGGAAGGAGGAGAAUGACACGGUGACCUGGAAGACUCGAGCUGUGACCUGUCCACCCUCAUCCACCCUCGUGUACCAUAACAAUUCGACAGCAUACUAUAAUGUAUUUAUUCUUCGGGAUCAAGAUGAGCUGGAGUUACUACACGCGCCCAGCGUAUUAUUUGAUAAAUACACGCGGGAUUACUGCCUUGAGGGAGACGGUGAAGGACAGUACAGAAUAGCCACCUGUAAACCCGACCCUGAUAAAAUCUGUGGUGGUGGAGUGUGCAUACCCAAGUGUUGCGGUGAAGGGGAAGUUAUUGAAAAGAGUAUUGAGUGCAGGAGAAGAAAUGAAAGUCCCCCUCUCCAGUUUUACUCGAUUUAUGGUGAACCACUCCCGGAACCAAGCAACUUUGCGGUCGUGGGAGAUAGUGUUCCGGAUUGUGAAGCAAAAGGGGAAUUUAUCACCCCCAUUACAGAAACUUUCCUACUGGUGAAUGGGAAACUGCUAGAUAGUGAAAAUAAUAUUUUUUAUGACUUUGAUGCGUAUUGCAUCGAAAAUACAUAUGAUGAAGAAGGGAAUGUGGAUGUGAUAGCAAAUGGGUGCAGCACAAAACAGUCACAUGCCAUUCACAUCAAGCACCAGAUGAUGAAGGUCGGCUAUGUCAUCUCAGCCGUGUUCCUCAUCAUUACUAUCACCAUUCACCUCCUCAUUCCAAGCCUUCGGGACACCCAGGGACUGAUCCUCCUCUCCCACAUGGUGUCGAUGCUGGUGGUAGUGACUGUGCUCUUUUUGCUGUCCACCUUUUCUCGGAACAUGUCCAGCGCUUACUGCGUCUUCAAUGGCUUUGUGUUCCAGUUCUUUUUCCUGGCCAUGUUCUUCUGGCUGAAUAUAAUGUGCUUUGACAUCUGGAGAGUCAUCAGGGCUACAGCGAGGGGCAUUCCUUUGAUUGGCAUUCUAAGCAGCGAUGCCAAGAAGUUCAAGCUGUACUGCCUGUAUGGUUGGGGCUCUCCCUUGGUCAUUACCAUUGUCACAGCCAUCAUGCACUUCUUACCGGAUGAGCUCGCAAAGGAUAUCACACGGCCUGGGUUUGGGACACUGACGUGUUGGCUUCCAGGCGAUUGGGAGCACUUGAUCUACUGCUAUGCCUAUGUGGCCACACUCUUCAUUCUGGACUUGCUCUUCAUCGGGCACACCAUGUUCACUCUGUACCAAGCUGGCAGUGCAUUCACUUGCUUUGCAAGGCAAGUUACUGUGACUGCAUUCAACAGAAAACACCUGGAAGCGUUCUGGCAGCGUUUUUUUGUCUUUGCCUCGAUGGUGCUUUGCUGGACGGCUGAAAUUCUCUCAUGGAAGAUUCACCCCCAAGAAAUCUGGAUCGUCACGGACUUCAUCAACUCCUCACAAGGCUUCGUCAUCUUCCUCAUCUUCAUCAGCAACAAGAAGAGACGGGACAUGGUCAAAGAACUACUGAAGAAAGCCUCCAAAACUUGCUGUCCAAGAGUGGCCAGCUCAGUCCAGCCUAACAGCAACAAUGAAAUGUCCACUUGGAGUGCAGUCUCACCCACAACUUCUAUAUCUGGACCAAGUGGUAUUACUGAGGAGGAGUAUGUCAGCAAAACAGACAAAGGGGAGAGCAAGUAAACUGUUUACAUGCCAUACUGGCUCACCAAAUACUUGCUUUGCCUUGCAAGAAUAUCGUAGUCAAGUGGUGCUACAGAGAAGGAGAGUCUCAGCAAAACAGACAGAGAGGAGAGCAAUUAAACAGUUUACAUGUCAGAUAUACCCACUGAAUACUUGCUUUCCCAUAUAAGAAUGUCCAACUAUAACUCUGUAAUUCUCAUUGCCUUAAAUGCAGGAGCAGGACCAAGGGCCAAAUGGUGUUACUGAGAAGGAAUCUUUGAGCAAAAUGGAUAUAUGGGAGAGCAGUUAAACUACUCACAUGCUGUACAGUUAUUGCUUUCCCUUGUUAGAAGUUAAAACUGUACCUGUCAGAAGGAUAAGCAAGUAAACCAUUCUUAUAUUCUUAAAUGCAGGAGUAGAACAAAGAGCCAAAUGGUGGUACUGGGAAGGAAUCUUUCAGCAAACUGGAUAGGGAGAGCAGUUAAGCUGUUUACAUACCACAUAUAUAGACCCACUAAGUAGGCUACUUAUCCCUUUCCCUUGUAAGCAAUAUUGAACCCUUCAGAAAGGAGAGUAGUUAAAUUGCUUCCAUGCCACAUAGACCCAGUGAAUACUUGCUUUUCCUUAUGAGAAUGUAAAACUGUACCUGUCAGAAGUAUAAGAAAUUUUGGUGUGUAUUUACCUAUUUGUAGUUUACCGGGUCCUGAGCUAAGCUCUAAUAGUCCCGUCUCCAUAUCUAUAUUCAUCCAGCCUUUCCUUCAUAUUUUGGACACUGCUCGCCUCCAGCACCUCUUCUUCCAAGCUGUUCCAUGUGUUAACAACUCUAUGUGGAAAACUAUACUUUUUCAAGUCACUCAAACAGGUUCCUUUAUUAACUUUCUUUCCAUGUCCUCUCAGCCCCUGUGUUCUCGCAGUUAAGAAGAGAUCAUUUCUAUCCACCUCAUCAAAGUUAUUUACCAACUUACACAGCUUGAUCAGAUCUCCUCUCUCCCUUUUUUGUUCCAGUGUCAUCAAUUCCAUCUCCUUCAAUCUGUCUUCAUACAUUUUAUUUGAGAGUUCUGGGACCAUUUUAGUUGUAAUUCUCUGUAUCCUUUCCAACUUUCUGAUAUCCUUCUUUUUGUGAGGCGAUCACAACUGCAUAUUCAAGUUUUGGUCCUAUCAGUGAUGUUAUUAUUUUCUUCAUCAUUUCUUUGUCCAUAAAAUGGAAUGAUACCCUUAUAUUUUGCAUCAUCCUGUAGGUUUCUCCAAACAGCUUGUUUAUGUGCUUUUCUUGGGAUAGUGUGUCUUGCAUCAUUACUCCCAAAUCUGUGUGUGUGUGUGUGUGUGUGUGUGUGUGUGUGUGUGUGUGUGUGUGUGUGUGUGUGUGU